AUGUCGACACUUGCAGACGAGCUCCUGCAAGAUUUCGAGGACUCGGGCUCCGAAAACGAAAACGAAGAGAGGCAGGAUGACGAGCUUGGCGUUGCGCCAAGCGCAAGCAGUGGCCUACUCGGCAAUGGCAACGGCCUGAACGACAUGGAUGUCGACGACGCAGACGACGCCGAAGACGAUGACGAGGAAAUGAACGGUAUCCCCCGGAGCGCGUCCGACGCGGUAGAGGAUGCCGAGGACGCCAAAGCCAAAGUCGAGAAGAUGCAGCUCGGCGCCGUAGAUGACGUCCGCAGCGUCGCCAGUCUGAUGCAGACCCUUGAGCCAGUGUUAGAGAAAAUCGCCCAGUACCAGUCACAACCCGCCGCGUCGCGCGUGAUCGGCAACAUCGAAGACCAUCCCGAAUAUCACCUCUUGACGCAGUCGAACAGUCUUUCUACGCUCAUUGACGGCGAGAUUAUCCUUGUGCACAAGUACAUUCGCGAUCACUACUCCAUCCGGUUCCCGGAACUCGAAACGCUCAUCACGAACCCGGUGGAAUAUGCCAAGGUCGUGUCGAUCCUCGGCAACGGCCCUCUGGACUCGGAGAACAUCAAGGCGUUGCAGACUUCGACAGACAACCCUCUCAAGAGCACGCUCAAGUCAGUGCUGGACGGACCCUCGCUGAUGAUUGUCACCGUCGAGGCCACCACGAGCAAGGGUCGCGAAAUGUCGGCGGACGAACUCGCGAGGGUUUUCCGGGCGGCCGCGAUGGUUCUCUCGUUGGAGAAGGCAAAGAAGACUCUCACGGACUACGUUCAGUCUAGGAUGAAUCUUUUCGCGCCCAACCUGACGGUCCUCAUCGGCUCGCUGACGGCGGCGCAACUGCUCAACGCUGCCGGUGGACUCACGGGCCUUUCGAAGACGCCGGCCUGCAACAUUGCGGCGUGGGGGUCCAAAAAGGGGGCCGGCGCCGCCGGCAUGGCCACCAAUAUCGGAAUUCGGCAGCAGGGGUUCCUGUACCACUCCUCGAUCGUGCAGGGGAUCCCCAACGACCUGAAGAAGCAGGCGAUGCGCAUCGUCUCCGCCAAGCUCGUCCUCGCCGCGCGGGUCGACCGCAUCCACUCGAGCCCGGACGGCGCGACGGGCGAGGAGCUCAAGUCGGCGUGCCUCGAGCGGCUCGAGAAGCUGACGGAGCCUCCGCCCAACAAGGGCGCCCGCGCGCUUCCGGCGCCCGACGAGAAGCUCUCGCGCAAGCGCGGCGGCAGACGCGCGCGCAAGGCCAAGGAGGCGACGGCCAUGACGGAGCUCCGCAAGGCGCAGAACCGCAUGGCGUUUGGCAAGGAGGAGAGAGAGGUCGGCUACGGCACGGGCGAGGGCACGGAGGGCAUGGGCAUGAUCGGGCAGGGCAGCGAGGGCAAGAUCAGGAACCUGCAGGUUGACCAGCGCACGCGGGCCAAGCUCAGCGCCAAAAACAAGGGCUGGGGCGCUGCCUCGUCGCUGGGCGGCGCGGCCUCUUCCUUCCGCGGGUUCGGCCAGGCGGGCGCCUCGAGCAUGGACCUCCGUGGCAAGGGUCUCCGCACGUCAGGCGUGGGCUCGUCACUGGGUGGCACCGGCACGGGUGUGGCAUCGUCGCUGGCGUUCACGCCGGUGCAGGGCCUCGAACUCGUCGAUCCCAAGAUGCAGGCUGAGCUCAGUAGGAAGCGCAAGGCGGAAGAGGACCGAUGGUUCAAGGGGGGCACCUUCACCCAGGGGACGUCAGGACAGGCAAGUCCCACGUCGUUGUGUCACAGUCUCGCGUCCCAGACUUCCUAA